CCAGAGCGGCCGGCAGUCCCGGCAAGCGUGCGCUACGCUGCACUCAGCCGAGAGAACCCGGGACGCGGAGAGGCUGGGGAGACCGGCAGGGAAAGAUCGAGGAUCCCCCUGCGGGCCGGUGGACCCUGGGUCCGGCUUCCCAUAGCUGGCGGCCUUGGGGCCGCCAGGAUUGCUCAGUGAGGGGCUCCCCGGGCCAUUGGUACUGAAACUGCAGCUGAUCUCUCUGGACCAGCAAUGUUGGCAUCUUGGGCACCUGGCUUGUGGCUGCUCGGGCUCUGGGCCACCUUCAGCCAUGGCACAAAUAUAGGUGAGCCGUGCCCAAGUUCACAGCAAGAAGGACUCAAGCUGGAACACAGUAGUGACCCAUCAACCAAUGUGACUGGCUUCAACCUAAUCCGCCGACUGAACCUCAUGAAGACAUCUGCCAUCAAGAAGAUCCGCAACCCCAAGGGGCCGCUCAUAUUGCGCCUGGGGGCUACCCCACUGGCCCAACCCAUGCGGCAAGUGUUCCCUCGGGGCCUCCCAGAGGAGUUUGCCCUGGUCCUGACAAUCCUUCUGAAAAAGCACACCUUCCGGAACACGUGGUACUUGUUCCAAGUGACUGAUGCAAAUGGGUACCCGCAGAUCUCCUUGGAAGUCAACAGCCAGGAGCGGAGUCUAGAGCUCCGGGCACAGGGCCAAGAUGGUGACUUUGUGUCCUGCAUCUUCCCAGUGCCCCAGCUCUUCGACCUGCGCUGGCACAAGCUGAUGCUGAGCGUGGCAGGUCGUGUGGCCUCUGUGCAUGUGGACUGCAUCUCAGCUUCCUCCCAGCCUCUGGGGCCCCGGCAACCCAUUCGGCCUGGGGGACACGUAUUUCUGGGCUUGGAUGCUGAGCAGGGCAAGCCGGUUUCGUUUGACCUUCAGCAGGCGCACAUCUACUGUGACCCAGAGCUGGUGCUGGAGGAGGGCUGCUGUGAGAUCUUACCGGGAGGGUGUCCCCCAGAGACCUCCAAGGCCCGCCGAGACACCCAGAGUAAUGAGCUCAUUGAGAUCAAUCCUCAGACAGAGGGCAAGGUCUACACUCGCUGCUUCUGCUUGGAGGAACCUCAGAACAGCAAGGUGGAUACACAGCUGCUGGGAAGAAACAUACAGAAGACAGAAAGAGGGACAAAGGCCCACCAGGAGUCUGAAGUCAAUGAGUGCCCGCCCUGUGUCCACGGUGCCCCGGAGAGCAAUGUCACACUUGGUCCCUCGGGCCUCAAGGGAGGGAAAGGUGACCGAGGCCUGACUGGACCAUCAGGCCCCAAGGGAGAGAAGGGAGCACGGGGCAAUGACUGUGUUCGAGUCUCCCCAGAUGCCCCACUUCAGUGUGCAGAAGGCCCGAAAGGAGAGAAGGGAGAAUCAGGAGACUUGGGACCCUCAGGACCCCCAGGCUUCUCAGGCCAGAAGGGCCAGAAAGGCGAGAAGGGGGAUGGAGGCCUCAAAGGACUGCCAGGGAAGCCAGGCCGAGAUGGCCGGCCAGGGGAGAUCUGUGUCAUUGGGCCCAAAGGGCAGAAAGGAGACCCUGGCUUUGUGGGGCCAGAAGGACUGGCAGGAGAGCCUGGGCCUCGCGGUCUCCCCGGGCUGCCUGGGAUAGGAUUGCCUGGAACUCCUGGAGAGCCGGGAGCUCCAGGUGGCCCACCAGGCCCUAAAGGAGACAAGGGCAGCUCUGGGAUACCAGGAAAGGAAGGCCCUGGAGGGAAGCCUGGGAAGCCAGGAGUGCCCGGAACUAAGGGAGAGAAGGGUGACCCCUGUGAAGUGUGUCCAACGCUGCCAGAAGGGUUCCAGAAUUUUGUGGGGCUCCCUGGAAGACCAGGGCCUAAAGGGGAACCAGGUGAUCCUGCUCCAGUCAGGGAGGGCCUGGAAGCUGUUGGACUGAAAGGUGACCGGGGAGAUCCAGGCAUCCAAGGGAUGAAAGGAGAGAAGGGGGAGCCCUGCUCAUCCUGCAGCUCAGGGGUUGGGGCCCAGCAUCUUGGGUCCUCCACUGGAGUCAAUGAAGACUCCCUUAGCUAUGGUUUACCUGGCCUUCCGGGGAAAUCUGGAGUUCCUGGGCCAAGAGGGCUGAAAGGAGAGAAGGGUAAUUUUGGUGAUGCAGGGCCGGCUGGAGCUCCAGGGCCCCCAGGACCAGUGGGACCAGUGGGCACCAAAGGAGCAAAGGGGGAGCCUUGUGUGCCCUGUGAAGACUUGUCUAAACUUCAGAACGGGGACAGCAAUGUGCUUCACUUGCCUGGCCCAGCUGGCGAAAAAGGAGAGCCUGGGCCCCCAGGCUUCGGGUUGCCUGGGAAGCAGGGCAGAGCUGGAGAGCGUGGACUCAAGGGGCAGAAGGGGGAGGCUGGGAAUCCAGGAGACCCUGGAACGCCUGGCACCACGGGGCAGCCUGGACUGUCUGGAGAGCCUGGGGUUCGGGGGCCUGCUGGGCCAAAAGGAGAAAAGGGUGAUGGCUGCACUGCCUGCCCUAACCUGCAGGGGACGUUGACCGAUGUAUCAGGACUGCCUGGGAUACCAGGUCCCAAAGGAGAGCCAGGUCCUGUAGGUGUGGGUCGACCUGGUAAACCAGGCCGACCUGGUCUACCAGGAGUCCAAGGGCCCCCAGGACUGAAGGGCACUCAGGGAGAGCCUGGACCUCCAGGCACUGGUGCUGAGGGACCCCAGGGGGAGCCUGGAGCCCAAGGAUUGCCUGGCAUUCAGGGGUUUCCAGGACCUCGGGGACCACCUGGCUCAACUGGAGAAAAAGGUACCCAGGGACCUCCAGGGCUCAGAGGAGCCACAGGACCCAUGGGACCUCCUGGUGCUAGUGUCUCUGGGCCUCCGGGCCAAGUUGGGCCGAGAGGACAGACUGGGCUUCCAGGAGCACCGGGUGAAAAGGGAUCUCGUGGAGAGAAGGGUGAACCAGGAGAGUGUUCCUGUCCUUCUCCGCCCAUCUUCUCCGGCAUGCCGGGUGCUCCUGGACUCUGGAUGGGCAGCCCCUCGCAGCCGGGCCCGCAGGGGCCCCCAGGUGUCCCCGGACCACCAGGUCCCCCUGGAAUGCCUGGAAUACAGGGAGUGCCUGGACACAAUGGCUUGCCAGGACAGCCUGGGCUCACUGCCGAGCUGGGAUCCUUGCCCAUCGAGCAGCACAUCCUCAAGAGCAUCUGUGGAGACUGUGCCCAGGGCCAGAUGGCCCAGACAGCCUUCCUCCCGGAAAAAGUGGAUAGGGGAGAACAGGGUAUCCCUGGCGUGCCAGGCCUCGACAACUGUACCAGGUGCUUCACAGGGAGGGAGCGCCCAAGAGAUGAGGCCAGGGGAGACAACAGUGAGGGAGGACCGGGCUGCCCUGGGAGCCCUGGCCUGCCUGGUCCUCCAGGACUGCCAGGCCAAAGAGGAGUAGAGGGUCCACCCGGUAUGAGGGGCUCUCCAGGUCAUCCAGGCCCUGUUGGCCCCCCAGGUUUUCCUGGUGCUGUUGGCUCCCCCGGAUUACCUGGCCUUCAAGGAGAGCGUGGCCUCAGGGGCCUGACUGGAGAAAAGGGAGAACAGGGUCCUCCAGGACAACCUGGCUACCCAGGUACCAUGGGCCCCCCAGGACUGCCUGGCAUCAAGGGAGAGCGAGGAUACACUGGCCCUGCGGGAGAGAAGGGGGAGUCGGGCCCACCAGGAUCUGAAGGCCUUCCAGGUGCCCAAGGUCCAGCGGGUCCCCGAGGAGAGCGAGGCCCCCAGGGGAGCCCUGGGGAGAAGGGUGACCAGGGAUUUCAAGGCCAGCCAGGCUUUCCAGGCCCACCGGGUCCCCCAGGAUUCCCAGGCAAAGCUGGAGCCCCUGGCCCACCCGGCCCCCAAGCAGAAAAGGGCAGUGAAGGGGUUCGAGGCCCAUCAGGCUUGCCUGGCUCCCCUGGGCCUCCAGGCCCUCCCGGGAUUCAGGGCCCUGCUGGGCUGGAUGGACUGGACGGGAAGGAUGGCAAGCCUGGCCUGAGGGGGGACCCAGGUCCUGCUGGCCCUCCUGGACUCAUGGGACCCCCGGGUUUCAAGGGGAAAACGGGGCAUCCUGGCCUCCCUGGGCCUAAGGGUGACUGUGGAAAACCAGGUCCUCCUGGCAGCAGUGGCCGGCCAGGUGCAGAGGGUGAGCCAGGUGCCAUGGGACCCCAGGGACGACCAGGACCCCCAGGGCAUCUUGGGCCACAGGGGCCUCCAGGCCAGCCAGGUCCACCUGGGAUCUCCACCAUGGGCAUGAAAGGAGAUCAGGGAGCCCCUGGAGAAAGGGGCUUGGCUGGCCUCCCAGGCCAGCCUGGUACACCUGGACACCCAGGCCCACCGGGAGAACCUGGGUCAGACGGCGCAGCUGGCAAAGAGGGACCUCCGGGACAGCAGGGGCUCCAUGGAGCUCCAGGCCCAAAGGGUGACCCAGGACCUGCAGGACAGAAGGGCCAAGCAGGAGAGAAGGGAAGAUCUGGCAUGCCUGGGGGGCCUGGCAAAAGCGGUUCCAUGGGUCCUGUUGGGCCACCAGGUCCUGCAGGAGAGAGAGGCCACCCUGGGUCCCCAGGGCCUGCAGGGAGCCCUGGACUGCCUGGCUUACCAGGCUCUAUGGGAGACACGAUGAAUUAUGAUGACAUCAAGAGGUUCAUCAGACAAGAGAUCAUUAAAAUGUUUGAUGAGAGGAUCGCUUACUACACCUCCAGGAUGCAGUUCCCCAUGGAGAUGGCUGCAGCAGCUCCAGGCCGGCCAGGGCCUCCCGGGAAGGAUGGUUCCCCAGGCCGGCCAGGUGCUCCAGGGUCACCUGGGCUCCCUGGUCAGAUAGGCCGAGAAGGACGGCAAGGUUUGCCAGGAAUAAGAGGACUGCCUGGUACCAAGGGUGAAAAGGGAGACAUUGGUGUUGGCAUCGCAGGAGAAAAUGGUCUCCCUGGCCUCCCAGGUCCUCAAGGCCCUCCAGGUUAUGGCAAGAUGGGAGAAACAGGGCCAAUGGGCCAGCAAGGCAUUCCUGGCAUCCCCGGUCCCCCAGGUCCCAUGGGCCAGCCAGGAAAGGCUGGCCACUGCAACCCCUCAGACUGCUUUGGGGCCAUGCCAGUGGAGCAGCAGUAUCCACCCAUAAAGGGGCCUUUUGGCUGAAUGCACCACCGGUGCUGAGGUGAAGGAUUCCAUUAGGAAUAAACGGCCAAAGCUUACAGGACUCUGAUGGGUUGUGAAUGUUUGUACUAUUCUUGUUUGUUGAUAUUUUUUUAAACAAUAAACAAAAUUAUUUGUAACCUCACUUCUAUGGGGUUCCCCUGGUGU